AUGAUUCGUGUAAUUCGUGCAGAAGUGCCAUUAGUGCCAGAUACACGGAGAUUUGAUCAAGCCUCCUCUCACCGAGUUAUAUGCGAUGAGCUCGCCAUGGCCGUUCGUGGCAUGGAGAAUGGAUGUCAUAGGACCCAUCGAGCCUCUGGCCUCCAAUGGGCAUCAUUUCAUCUUAGUCGCCAUCGACUACUUAACCAAGUGGGUAGAAGCAACUUCACAAAGUCAGUGGCCAAGAAAGUCGUGGCCGACUUCAUCAAAAACAAUCUGAUAUGCUACUUCGGUGUAUUGGAAUCCAUCAUCACAGACAACGGUGCCAAUUUGAAUAGCCAUUUGAUGAAGGACAUCUGCAAACAAUUCAAGGUUACCCACAGGAACUCUACCGCCUACCGGCCACAGAUGAAUGGAGUCAUGGAGGCUACCAACAAAAACAUCAAGAGAAUCCUGAGAAAAAAGAUCGAGAACUACAGGAAUUGGCACAAGCAGCUGCCCUACGCUUUGUUAGGGUACAGAAUGAGAACCCGAACCUCCACCAGGGCAACCCCGUAUCUCCUUGUCUACGGCACAGAAACAAUCAUACCCACAGAAGUAGAGAUCCUUUUGCUCAGAAUCAUUCAAGAGGAAGAGCUAAGCGAUGCAGAAUGGGUCAGGAACCACUACGAGGAGCUGGCCUCCAUAGAUGAAAAGAGAAUGGUGGUAGUAUGCCAUCGGCAGCUGUAUAGACAAAGAAUGUCUCGAGCCUUCAACAAGCGAGUCAGAGGCCGACUCUUUCAAAUUGAACAACUCAUACUCAAGCGAGUAUUCCCUCACCAAGAAGAAUACAGAGGAAAAUGUGCACCAAACUGGCAAGGACCAUACAUGGUCAGAAAGGUCCUAUCAGAAGAAGCCAUAGUCCUAACCGAAAUGGACGGACAAGAGUGGCCCAAGGCCAUCAACGCCGACGCCCUCAAAGAUAUUAUGCUUAGAACUUCAUUUGCUUGUAAUUACCACAUUAUUUCCAUGUAUUCAUAUCCUUUGCCGGUAAUCAUAUCUUGCAAUAGAGCAGGAAAAAUGAAUCAGCAAUGUAAUGAACUACGCAAUGACCUAACUUCCCAAAAGAGGGAUAUGUAG